CCCAUAAUUGAACCAGAUCACAUCUGUAGGUUCCAUUAAGAAUUAAAAAAACCCUAAACACUAUCUUAAAAAAAAUGUGUACGAUACGAGGCCAUUAAAAAAAUCCGUUUAUUAAAAUACUGCAUUAUGAUAAUACAAUGUUUAACGUGUAGUAUAUGAGGUUGCGUUUAUUCUUAUAAAUGAUUUCGCAGUGAUACAGUGUUGAGAUUUAAACGAUAAGCAACGCGUUCAAUGUUUCGAGUUUAGGAGGAUUUUGUUGCGUGGAUCUGGCAAUCCUGCUACGAACGUUGUUUUUGAAUACACCGGCGCGUAGCACGACUCGUACAGUGGGUAGCUGUAUAUAUAUACAUAUAGUAAUAAAAAAAAAAAAGGCGUGUUGGGUUUCAUCGAGUUGCGUUGAAGUUGUUCUUCUGCUUUACAAAAACACGAACUAAACUAAACGUUGAGAGAUAAGGAUGUAUUGUUGUCGCUAGCUUGUUAUUGUUAGCUCCCCCUGGCUAACAUUUAGGUAGAAAACAAAAUGAGUUUCAAGUUCAGACUGUGUGAGCAAAACCAAAUAUCUUAGAUAAAAGUCAGAGUAUUCCAGAUUAUAACACAUACCCAUAGAAGCAGAGUGCUGUUGGGUUACAGUGUGUAUGUUGUGACCCCCUCCGUCUGUUACUAGUGUAAUUCGCUUGCAUGUAACGAUACUGGGACAUUUAUCGGCAGAUAGACUGUAAAUCUGAAUCAGUCGGAGGUUUAUUUUGUUGCUUGGUUUGAGCUGAUCGCGAGGUAAAACUCGCUGUGUAUCCACAUGCCAUCGGAAGCAGUGCGUCUGGGUCGGAAGAGGCCUGUACCCUCCUGCCCGAACCCCCUGUUCCUCCAGUGGCUUACUGAGAUGCGCGAUCACGCUAAAGAGAAAGGCCUGAAGACCCAGUACGUCUAUCAGAAGGCCCUGAACUCUUUAAAAAAGUAUCCACUCCCACUGAAAAACGGCAAAGAGGCCAAAAUUCUGCAGAACUUUGGGGACGGGAUCUGUAAGCUCCUGGAUGAGAGGCUUGAGAAACACUACCGAGAAAACGGUGCCAAUGCUCCUGUCCACUGCCUCCCACAGAGUGUUGAACUCUGCAGUAACAACCUCCCUUCUACCAUCACAUCAUCACAUUGCUCCAACAUUCCUGCUCCAAAGGGUGGAGGAAAUAUGAGCAAGGCAGGUGGUGAUAUAGGACAGGAGAAAGGAGGAAAGAAGAAGAGGGAAUAUGUGCCUCAGAAGCGAUCAGGAGGCUAUGCCGUCCUGCUUACGUUGUACAGACAUUCACAGACACCUAAUAGUAAAGGUUUCAUGUUUAAAAAUGAACUGCAAAACGAGGCGCAGUCCCUUUGUGACAAAUCUUUCACUGUGCCUGAUCUAGGUAGUAAAUACACAGCGUGGUCUUCAGUAAGCACCCUCAUUCAGAAAGACCUGCUUCUGAAGACACACAACCCUGCCAGAUACUCAUUGACAGAGCUUGGUCUGGCUCUAGCAGAAAGAUUGGAGUGUGGAGAAAAAGGGGGAAAGGGUGGACGAGAGAAGAACAACAGUGAGGCUGAGGACUCAGGGGAUGGGCCGGUUUCUGUAGACCUGACUCUGGAUGAAGAUAAAGAAGAACAUGAAGCUGAAGACAGAUGCAUCCCAAAAGACGAUAGCACAGCUGUCUUAGUAAAACAUGUGGGGAGUGCUGCACCUAACUCUAAUCUCUCGGAAAAGUGUCAGAGCUCAGAGACAGGGAGAGCUGCAUAUCUUCUCUCUGGAACUUAUGACAUUGUGCUGUGUGUUGACUUUAUUGAGACAACUGGAGGAAACACAGCACGCAAACAAGAAUUGGUGAAGGAGUUACAGAAAAACGGUGUGACCUUUGACAUCAGGAAACUAAAUGUGGGAGACUUCCUGUGGGUUGCUCGUGAGAAAGUGGCACCUGUGCCUGGUCAGCUGCGUCCCCCUGUGGCAAAAGAACUGGUUCUUGAUUAUAUCAUCGAGAGGAAGCGGAUAGAUGACCUGUGUGGAAGUAUAAUGGAUGGGCGUUUCAGAGAACAGAAGUUUCGUCUGAAGAGGUGCGGUCUGCAUAAGCCCAUUUACCUGGUGGAGCAGUAUGGUUCAGCAGCAGCACACCUCAGUCUACCGGAGAGCACUUUGCAACAAGCUGUAGUUAACACACAGGUGGUAGAUAACUUCUUUGUAAAGAAAGUUCAGGAUGUCAAGGAAUCAGCUGCCUACCUCACCGUCAUGACCAGAUAUCUGCAGAAACUUUAUCAGAAUCAGACAUUGUAUUGCCACUCCAGAGAACUAGAAGGAGAUGCAGAGUAUGAUGUGGAGAAUAGAGACCGAGAAAACCCCCGCUGCUCGCUCAUCUCCUUCACAGAAUUCAAUUAUGGGGCUUUGAAAAACAAGUGUCAGACGGUUAAAGAGGUUUUUGCCCGACAGCUGAUGCAAAUCAGUGGAAUAUCUGGUGACAAAGCAGCCGCCAUAUUAGAGCACUACAAUACAGUAAGCAGUUUAUUGAAUGCAUACAACCAGUGUUCCACUGAUGCUGAGAAAGAAAAGCUCCUGUCAUCUAUCAAAUAUGGCAAACUUAAAAGAAAUAUUGGACCAGCUCUUAGCCGGACUGUAUACCAGCUUUACUGUACAGAUGGACCUCUGUCAUAACCACACACUACAAAUCUUACCAUUCUUUACCCAAAUGAAAUGCAUUGCUGGCUUGCUGCUCUUUUUUCCUUAAACCUUUUUAUAGGAUUUGCAAAAUAAAGAUUUACAUAUAUAUA